GUCCCGGGAAAAUACAACGCACGUUCAUGACAGAUAUGAUCUCUAUUAAUGGUGAUAGUGGUGCGCCUAUAUUUUCUUAUUCACCGGAUUUAUACACCGUAAGUCUAAGUGGUAUACUUGAUGGAGGAGGUGACCAAAGCACAACUGUUACAUCG